AUGUCAUACACUAAACCACAUCAGUGUCCACUGGAUCAACUCCAAAAUACAAAAUUUCAUGAAGCCCAGUUGCUGCGGAAAGAAGUUGAUUUGUCUGAAUCUUCGUUAUCUUCAUCAGGUUUAUCAUUUGAAGAUCCAGUCUCCUUCACAGACGUCACAAACUUUGAACAAAUUAUUAAGAAGACGUCUGGCGAAGCAUGCAGUGAAUUAUCAUUCACUCAGUCGUCGUCAAGCGGUUUUGUCACUGGCCGGGAAGACGGUAACACGUCGUCUCUCCUAUCGGCGGACACCGACUCGCAAGCUUUCACCUGGCAACGAGAGUGCCAUCCCUUGCCAAAAGUCGCACCCAUUCUCAGGCAAGCCCAAACCCUGAUUGCCCUUUUUUUCGACAUUCGAAAUGCACGGAACCUCUCGGACGACACCUCUCAGUCCGUCUGCGCACAAGUUGCCAUCCGAGCCUCUUUUCUACCCUACACCGGUUCUUCACAAUACGGCGACGACGAGGACGAGGAUGUGAUAGUAACCGGUCAGUCGUCACCGGCAACCAUCAGUUUUAAGCCGUUUGCUUAUGCCCAGUCAAGCACAGUCGUGUCAAUCACUGAUCGUCCGUUUGCCAAAGAGGCCGCUGUUCCUCCGGCCGAGGAGUUGUCAACUCUGCGGCCACGAGGGGAUGAACAGCAAACCCUCACGGUACCAAAUCUUUUGUCUACUUUAACGCUGCCGCCUUCGGAGGUCGACGGAAAAGUCAUCUGUGAUGUGCCGUCACAAGAUGGUCAUCAACGUCGUCACUUGGAGGAGUUUCUAGGCUGUUUUCGGCCGUUUGUUCGACUGUUUUUAAGAAACGGGGACUCGAUGUCUUGCAAGUCGAUGGAAGAACCACAAUGGGAGUGGCCACCAUCUCAAAUUCUUGAUCUUCAAUAUGUUGGCUCUGGGGCACAAGGUUCUGUCUACAAGGCAACACUGAACGGCCGCGUGAUCGCUGUCAAGAAAGUGAACAAGCAAUCGGAAACUGAAAUCCGACAUCUCAGAGGCCUUUGUCAUAAAAAUGUGGUGCAAUUUCUAGGGGUUUCCAUCGAUGGACCUUGGUAUUCCAUCCUCAUGGAGUAUUGUCCGAAUGGGACAUUCUUCGACUUGCUUCACAACAAUCUCCCCGUGAAUAUAGACAACAUUAUUGACUGGACGCGACAAAUCGCCCAAGGCAUGAACUACCUGCACAGCCACAAGGUUGUCCAUCGGGAUCUGAAAUCUCCGAACAUAUUAAUUGGUGAAGAUGGUGAAUUGAAGAUAUCAGAUUUUGGGGUCUCGAAGGAGUUUAACGAGAACUCGACGAAGAUGUCCUUCGCCGGGACUGUUGCGUGGAUGGCUCCGGAAAUCAUGCGUGGUGAACCCUGCUCCUUCAAGGUCGACGUCUGGUCGUUCGGUGUGCUGGUAUGGGAGAUCCUGACUUGUGAAGUGCCUUUCAACGGUGUGGACUAUGGGGCAAUAAUUUACGGAGUCGCAAGCAACAUCUUCAGUUUGCCCAUCCCAACGGACUGUCCCACAGAGUUUCGUGUGCUGAUGAAGCGUUGCUGGUGCCCCAAACCAAGAAACCGGCCAAGUUUUCCGCAAAUCCUUUCCCAACUAGAACUCGCCUACAAUGAAUUGCUUCAAUGGAAAGAUGAAAAUUUCAACUCUUUGCGUGAAUUCUGGCAGGAGGAAAUCCACCUUCGUUUAAGGGACCUACUCAAAGAGGGUUCACGUGCUCCGAGGCUCGAGAUCUCUCUGAUGCGUCGUCGUCGACAGGAGUUAAAAGAUGCACAAAACAUCCGACAAAAUUACGAGGAGAAGCUAAUGCGUGUUAACCAGCUCUGCAGCCACUUGAAGGCUCUUACAGAGGAGCUGGAGAAAGAGCAGCAAAAGGUGGCCCAGGAACGAAGUCGGUAUAAGCGGCUGAUAUACGAGCGAAGUCGCAGUAACACGCCUUUCAGGGUCGACAACUCCGCGGUGAGGUCACCGUUUCCCGCUCAUCGCCCUCAGUCGUGUGAUUCAAGGAAGCGGGAACCGGAGGCGAAGUUCACCUGCAGAAAGUGCGGAGCUGUCAACUUUUCGAAGCGGCAUCCUGCCUUCUCCUUGAUUCCUCUUGCCCAAAAGGACCUCCACUCGCACUGUCGUCUCAAGACAGCCAUUCGAAACCCGAGUGCGGGUAGUGGUAAUAAAUCGCCCACGGUUAACCGAGCCUCGCGUAGGUUCCGUGCAUGGUAUGCAGCUACUCGCUCGAAACUGGUCGAAAAUGCCUCACUAGUGCGAGUUAAGUUAAAGAGGUUUGCUAGCGUAGGUGAUCUUCAAUCGGAGUACCAAGGCGAUGAAAACGAAACUUGCCGCAAGUCCUUUAAUGCUCCCUCGGACGGUGAAACUGCCAAAACUGCGCAAGUUCCGUCUAACACUCGGCCUGAUACGGGUGAGACGGAGACGCAACAUGAUGAGCAGAGAAAAGGACAAGAUGCUCGCAAUGGAAUGUUGGUCAACACUAGUGGAAGUUUCUCUAAGGUAACUGCGCCGAAAUCUCAUCCAUCAGCAUCAGAAGACUCCCUCUUCCAACAGCUUCGCACAAAUGUAUCUUCUUUUCAUGGAAGAGGCCGGGCGUGUUCGAGGUGUUCCAGUUUGACGCACAUUAAAGGGCCCCAGAAUCUGGCUAAAUUCACCUCCCUACCGAUGAUUACAGUCCCAAGAUCCGAAGCCGUGGCUCUCACCGCUCUCCGAUUAAAAAUGUUCUUUGGUGAAGAACCGCAGAACCAGGAUGCGCUGGAAGUACCGGAGCGUGAGCCAAGCCUCUCGUCUUCGUCACUCUCUUCCGACAGUGACGGUUUCAACGGAAGCAGGUCCACGGUCAUAUUCCAGCGUCUUCAAAUGCGUCCUCAAUCCGGUGACCCUUACCACUCGCGACCUCAGCCAUCGCUUUCGACUCGAGUAAUUUCAAGCGAGCAGCUCCGAGCACUUCGCCUUGAUAACGUCAACGACUCCUGCCCUCCCUGCCAACGCUCUGCAAUGUGCCCCACUCUGAGCAUGUCCAGACAUUCCUCUCCUCGUCUUCGACAGCGACCUGGACGACGCUUUCGAUCCCCCCUCAUAAUCUCUGGUACCUCUGUUCAGGGCGCGGACGCGAAAUCCGCUGCAUCCAAGUCCCCCUCUCUGUGGGCUUCCGAGAAUACCAGUGUGCCGGCGACUGCUGUCACCACCGCAACCACAACAACCAAUCAGUCCUAUCUGGGUAUUUCAGUUGACACCAAUUUCACCUCCUCACUUUCAACUUCACCCAGCGUAACGGCUUCACAAAUGCGACGUAGUAUUGAAAAGCUCACAAUUGAGUUGACGGACCGCAUGACCGACAGUCUCUCUGAGAAGGAAAGAAAGGUUGACAUUUUUGAGCGCCGUUUCCUGAAAGUUGCGUGUGAUCGGCACCGUCGCCUCCCGGCGCACAGCGUUGCUAUUACUGGGAGCGACAGGGAACAGGUGGAGAAGGAGCCCCACUGUGGGGUGUUUUUCUGCGAAAAGCAGUGGCUCAGCGCAACAGACAUCAACUCCGUUCGCCGUCUAUCCUCAGAGACUUCCUCUACAAAGGCAGAUGGCAAUACCAUGGAAAUCUCCAGUAUAAUCGAUACUGAUUCUAUGCCGACCGACUCAGAUGCAGAGUUGUUUUAA